UCUCAUGUGUUGUGUUGUGUUGUGUUGUGUUGUGUUGUGUUGUGACAGGUUGAAAAAGACUCUUCUCUUCUUCUGGACAGAAGUCUGCUAACCAAAGCUGUCCGUCUGACACAGAGACAGCCUCCUUUAUACCAACAUGUCCUCGGCGGAGGUCGUUCUGGGUUUCCUGGAGGAGGCGGAGCCGUGGCGGCUUCUGGCCCCGCAGUUCCCCAGUAAAGUCGGAGGGAAACCGGCGUGGCUCAGCCAGAAAGGCCUGCCCUCACUGCCCGGGCUGGAGUGUGAGAUAUGCCGCCUGCCUAUGGCCUUUCUGCUGCAGGUGUACGCACCGAUUUCUGGUCAGGACAGAAGUUUCCACAGAACGCUCUUUCUGUUCUGCUGCAAAACCCACGAGUGCUACACAUGCAACGACAGCCGCUGUAUGAAAGUUUUCAGAAGUCAGCUACCUCGGAGGAAUGAGUUCUACCCCUACAACCCUCCCCCAGAGGAUGAACCUCCCAGCGAUCCCACUCCGGACCAGAGUGUGUUGCCCGUCUCUGGAGUUAAACUAUGUUGGGUGUGUGGUUGCCCCGGCAGCAAAGCCUGCUCUCGCUGUCACACUGUGACCUACUGCGGAAAACAACACCAGACCCUCCACUGGAAACACACACACAAGAAGGAGUGUUGCGGUCAAGAAGCAUCCAUUGUCCCAACCUCUCCCUUCCUCUUCCCUGAGUUUGAGCUGGUCACUGAACCUGAGGAGGUUGAGGAAGAGGAGGAAAAGAAAGACACAAAGGAGGCUGAAGAAGAAGAAGAAGAGGAAGCAGGGGCAGAUUCCUUGGCAGACGCCCUGGAAGAGACAGACCUGGAGGAGAUGGCUAUGCAUGAGACUGAAGACAACAAAGUCUUCCAGCGGUUUAAAAAGAAGAUCGCACCAGAACAACACCAGGUGGUGCGUUACAGUCGAGGGGGCUCUCCCUUGUGGAUUUCUUCUCAGCACAUCCCUUCAGAUCAGGAUGUCCCACCAUGCACCUGUGGCGCCAAGAGGAUUUUUGAGUUUCAGGUGAUGCCCCAGCUGUUAAACAGUCUAUGUGUAGACUCGAAAGGAGCCAGUAUUGACUGGGGGACACUGGCUGUCUAUGCAUGCUCUGCCAGCUGUUACCAUGACGACCAGUACUGUCCCGAGUUCAUUUGGAAGCAGGACGUCAACUCAGAUCAACACACACAGAUUAAUCCUACGUAAUGUGCAUGUGCUGCUUGACAAGAGUUUCGGACACACUGAUGAAUGUGAGAACUGAUUUUCACUGUGGACUGGAGUGAGCUUCUCUUUUAUUUAACAGAUCAACUUAAAAUCUGUGAAAUUCAGCUGAUAGAGAGCUCAAACUCCUCCCUCUGACACUAUCACAAAGAUAUUCACUAUGUAUUUCAUCUAGGUUUAUUUUUACAGUUGUAAAUAUAUUCUGGGUAUUGACAGUGUUUAUCUAUGAGUUCAUUAAAUGAAUCUGUUCUGGCAUCAAUAAUAUUCUGACCCAUGUGGUAAGAAUCAGUAUCACAUACUGUUUAUACAGUAGAUCUAUAGAAGCCAAAGCAAAUAAAGCAUGACCUCGUGCCUUAUCGUCCCACAAUAAAGUUUUUAACAAAGUU